ACCCCCUUGGCGCGUAAAACCUGUGCCAAGACCACAGGCUUUUCUGGGGAGCACACGGCACAUGCGAGCUGCUGCGCUCCUCCCUCCCGUCCUCCAUCCAUCUCCAUCUCCAUCUCCAUCUCCAUCUCCAUCUCCCCACAGAUGAGAUGAGAUGAGGUGAGAGAGGUACCUGGCGGUAUUUGGCGAGACCAGUCGACGCCGAUCCCUCGCAAUCAUACAAAACUAGGAGUACUGAGGUGACGAGUGAGGCGAGGUCGGACGACGUACGUGGUACCGUUCUGCACUGUUGCUGCCUGCGCGUUCUUUUAUGCGUCUGCGCACCUGCUGCUCCCCUCUCGCCCCUGCAUUCACUCCCAUCCAUCCACCGAUCGACCGAUCUCGUACGGUUGUAGAGUCUCGUCCGACGGAUUCCGAUCGGUCGAGAGAUCUGACGCCGCUACAGUGCCGAGCGGGCUCCUGCUACAAGAGGCAGCGGUGACCGGUGGAGGCUCCGUGCUGGGUGUGUGCGUGCGCCUCUCUGCUUCCGCUUCCGCUUCCGCUCCUGCUCCCGCUUCCGCUUCUUCCCAAAUUCGGCCACUCCGUCAGCGGCGGCCAUACUGUUGCUGCGGCUUCCGGGGCUUAAAAGGGGAGUGGGUGCCGGUUCUGCCGCAGCGGAAUCGCCCAUGGAGGGCUCCCGGGGGAGGUGGAGGUGGGGUGGCAGGCGCAGAUCCGUGCUGAUGGUGGCGCUGGCCCUGUGCUUCGUCGUGGCCGCCGUCGUCUCCCUGUGCUGCUGCUGCUGCGCCCGGCCCGGGGCUUGCGGUGGCAGGAGUACUGUGGUGGUGCUCCCUUCAGAUUUUUGGAGACGAGCAGCAGCAUCGUUUGUUAAUCAGGAUCGGUCAAGAGCCAGCGGGAGCGGGAGCCGGCGGCGGCUGACGGUGGAAGGGCCGGGGUCGUACCCGCCGCGGUGCACGUCCAAGUGCGGCGGCUGCAACCCGUGCUACCCGGUGCACGUGGCCGUGCCGCCGGGGGUGCCGGUCACCACGGAGUACUACCCGGAGGCGUGGCGGUGCAGGUGCGGCAACCGGCUCUACAUGCCAUGAUCGGCGCCAAGACGAGCCGAGACGUCCAACCGCGGUGGCCGGUGGCCGGUGGGGGCAUCGACACCGACGCCGAUCGGCCUCGGCGCAAGCCGACGAGCUCUUCACACCGUCGUCGCCACAUCAUUAUUGCCCGGGGCCGGGCGGCUCGACCGCGGCUGCAGCUGGAGCAGUGCCAUGGCUGUCGCGGCGCGCCUGCCUGCAUGCAUGCAUGCAUGCAUGGGUGGAGCUGCAGGGAGGUGGUGGGGGGUGGCCGGGCCUACUGGGCCGCUGGGCUCUGUUUCUGUGCGUGUCUUCUCUGCGCCGCUGGGAAUUCGCACGGCCCUACCACGACGCGCCGGGGCCGGCAUGGGGAGGUUGUUGUACGGCGCGUGCUGUGCUGGGGCUGGGGGGAGAGCGAGAUACAGUGCACUGACUGCCGCUCCUGCACGUGUCCGGAUCAUCUGUUGAUAUGGUUCUCUGUUUUAUUAUUUCGGUUCUGUUCCGUCUGGAGCUUUGAUUUCAAUUUUUUGCGCUCGUGAUCUUCUUCUUGACCACAUGAUGUGUGAUGUAACACUCUAAAAGGGUAGAGGAUGAUGCGUAUUGCAACAUGGAACGGACGCGGAUGCUGCUUAGUUUGCAGACGCGAUGUGUCAAA